UAUAAGCAUUCGCUUGUUCUACUUUUUCAUCCGCUUCGGCUUCACUUCACACCCGUUCACUGUCCCAGCCAAGCUAAAGUGAAACGUCUAGCACACCAUGGCAGAGCAGGAGCCCACACCAGAGCAGCUGGCAGCGAUCGCAGCAGCCAAUGAAGAGAAAGAACCUGCGAUCAACUACAAACCUCCUGCCCAGAAGACCUUACAGGAGAUCCAGGAGCUGGACAAAGAGGACGAGAGCCUGCGGAAGUACAAGGAGGCGCUGCUGGGAAACACUGCYGUGGUCGCAGAUCCCAGUGCCCCGAAUGUCCAGGUGACACGAAUGACCCUGCUUUGUGAAACAGCGCCGGGUCCUCUGGUCCUCGACUUGACUGGAGACCUGGAGAACUUCAAGAAGAACCCGUUCACACUCAAGGAAGGAGUUGAAUAUAGAAUAAAGAUCAACUUCAAGGUGAACAAGGAAAUCGUAUCAGGUCUGAAGUACAUACAGCAGACGUUCAGGAAAGGAGUCAAAGUGGAUAAGACAGACUACAUGGUUGGAAGCUAUGGCCCGAGGCCGGCCGAGGAGUACGAGUUCCUCACCACCAUGGAGGAGGCGCCCAAAGGGAUGCUGACCCGUGGCACCUACAACAUCAAGUCCAAGUUCACCGAUGACGACAAGUAUGACCACCUCUCCUGGGAGUGGAGUCUCGCUAUCAAGAAGGAUUGGAAGGACUGACCUCGCUCUCUCCCCCCCUGCUUCACCCAGCUUUCUUCUCCUUCAUUCCAUUUCUUUUUGGAAUGGUCUUUUUUUUAUAUUUCUUUCUCUCCAGCCUCCCAUCUCUGCUCCUAGUCAUUUCCUAGAUUCCAAUCACACCAUCAUUCCUCUUCUUUUGUAAAACGCUUCAUUUGUUUACACCAGCCUUUUCUGACAAGUAUUAAAUCUUCAAAAAAUAGAUAUAUAAAUAUAAAUAUGGAGAACACAAUGUGCAUAAUCCAGAUUUUUCAGGUUUAUAAGAAAUGUAAAAAAAUAUAUAUAUGGUUUAUAUCUGAUUUCCAGCUGUUUAUUACCUUUKUCAUGCUGUUUUGUACGAUUGCCAUGACCUGCCUUGGAUAAGUGGUCUCUGUAGGGUCGGUCCUUGCUGGGUGUCUCAGACCCGGUCCUGCUAAAGCCUUUGAGCAGAUUAUGUGUAGUUUGGGUCAAAUCUAAACUAUUUAGACUCUGAUAGUUUAGAUUUGAACAGAGAGCAGGGGGGAACGGUUAUUUCUGACCCCUUGCUUUAAUCGUGGCUGUUCUCUUGAGCAGGGUUAUUUUAAAGUUGUUGUUUUUUUUAAACAAAUGUGGCCUUAACAGCUGUUGGACUUAAAUGAGCCAUUUGCCUUCAGAAUAAACACGUGAGCCUGUUUGGUUGAUACAGUUCAUAAUAAAUAGAGAAUCAAGACUUGAUUGGAAUCGUCUUUAUUUCAAGUCUGAAAAAGCCAUUACACUGACGUGUUGGAUAAUAUCUUUACUUUUAGUACUUGUCUGAAAACCUAAUGAAUCCAGUUUGUACAGGGGGGCUUUCACCGGGCGUCCCACAGCUCGUUUGAGUUGGACAUGGAAGCUGAUGAACAGCUCGCUCUGUACUCUUGAUUAUCUCUGCCUCUACGCCCUUCAUCCCUGAAGUGAAAUCUUAUCUUCAGAAUCAAACCUCAGCCCUCCCAACCACACAAAGUGUUCUUUGUUUUUGUUUAUACACUCCAUAAAUGUGGAUGGCAUCUUCAUWCACUUCAUGUGUUAUGGACUGAUGGUUUUUUCCUCUGUGAGAUGAGUUUAAAUCAAUGUGUGCUGUCUUUAAUAAACAGUUUACUGA